AUGUCUGAUGCCUCAACCGACACGGCCAGUGGAGCUCGUACAGAGCCCACAUCGACUGCGCCAUCCGUCAAGGAAUCUGCACCGGCACCUCCCACGGGUCCGGUCAAGACGCCCUUUUUAGCCCCCUAUGAUGGAAUCAAGCCACCUGCUCCUGCGAAAUUGACAUCAGAGCAAGAGACCAAGUAUGACAAUGUCCUGAAGACAGUGUCCAGCUGGAAAGAAAUCCCCGACACGUUAGAGAAGAAUAGCAAGCUCUCUCCAAUUACCGACGAUGAGCGUAUGUUCCUCACGCGAGAGUGUUUGCUGCGUUAUUUGCGUGCAACCAAAUGGAACGCCGCAGAGGCUUCCAAGCGCUUGAUGAACACUUUGACCUGGCGGCGUGACUAUGGUGUCGACAAGCAUACAGCCGACUACAUCUCGCCAGAGAACGAGACAGGCAAGCAGGUUAUCGCUGGCUACGACAAUGAUGCUCGGCCGUGUCUAUACCUGAAUCCAGCCAAGCAGAACACGAAGAAGAGCGACCGCCAGAUUCAGCAUCUUGUCUUUAUGCUGGAGCGCGUCAUUGACAUGAUGGUGCCUGGUCAGGACACGACUGCCCUCUUGAUCAAUUUCAAGGAGAGCACAAGCGGAAGCAAUCCUAGUGUUGGCCAGGGACGUCAAACGUUACAUAUCUUGCAGACCCACUAUCCUGAGCGUCUAGGACGGGCUUUUGUUAUUAACAUUCCUUGGCCCGUGUGGACUUUCUUCAAGCUCAUCAGCCCUUUCAUUGACCCGCUCACGCGCGAGAAGCUCAAGUUCAAUGAGGGCAUUCGCCAAUAUGUGCCGCCCGCACAAUUGCUCACCACGCACGGUGGAGAUGCGCAAUUCGAGUAUGACCACUCCAUCUACUGGCCCACCCUAAACAAAAUUGCUGCCGAGCGGAGAGCAGCCUACCGCGAGCGAUGGGUCAAAGCGGGCCGCCGAGUGGGAGAACACGAGACUUAUCUGCGGGGUGGCGAUGAACCAUGCCUGGUAGAGAUCGAGAAGGCAAAGGUCGCGCCCGCACCACCUGCGGCAGAGCCGCUGACAAACAUUGUUUCUGCGUAA